GCAAUCAAUCUCUUUUAUAAAAGGGCUGCUAAGUUCCUGCUCUUUUUACAUGUUGAAGGUACACAACCCCCCAAGACAUUAUCUGAUUAGACCUUGAGCAGGUACAACUUGGACGUAUUACUUCGCUUGAUCGGUCAGGUGCCUCAUCUUAAAGUUACUUUAGGUACUUAAAUAUAAUCUCCCAACGGGAAGUCAUCACUGUCCUCAUUUCUGUCCCCCCAAACCUUUUAUAUAUAGCAUUUUUCUAUAAAACCUUUUAUCAACAUGUCGGCAAUGGCAAUGGCGCCGCCACCAAAAAGCCCUCUGGCUCGUUACCGCAUCCUAUCCCCAACGGCUAAUGUCCGAGUUAGCCCCCUGUGCCUGGGGGCUAUGAAUUUCGGUGUGGCCUGGGCCGAUCAGAUGGGUGCUUGCGACCAAAAGACUACAGAAGAGAUCCUCGACUUCUUCUACGAGCAGGGCGGCAAUUUUAUAGAUACCGCCAACAACUAUCAAGCCGAGCAAUCUGAAAAGUGGAUUGGAGAGUGGAUGAAAAAACGUGGUGUUCGUGAUCAGAUGGUGAUCGCUACCAAAUAUAGCACUAGCUACAAAACAGAUUAUGGAGAAAUCAUCAUUAACAGUCAAGGCAAUGGGACCAAGAGCUUACACGUGUCUGUCAAUGAGAGUUUGAAAAAGCUACAGACGGACUAUAUUGACUUGCUCUAUGUUCAUUGGUGGGACGGCAGCACAUCAAUCCCCGAGCUCAUGCAGUCGCUUAACCGUCUCGUGCUAGCAGGAAAGGUCCUCUACCUUGGCAUUAGCGACACACCAGCCUGGGUUGUGAGCAAAGCCAAUGAGUACGCUCGCAACCAUGGAUUGCGCCAAUUCAGCGUUUAUCAAGGUCGAUGGUCGGCUGCUUCGCGUGACUUCGAGCGAGAAAUCAUUGCUAUGACAAAGGCCGAGGGUAUGAGCCUUGCUCCGUGGGGUGCGCUUGGCGGAGGCAAGUUCAAAACGGAAGAGCAGCGCCAGAGAAAGACCAUUGGACGCGCUGGCGAUAUCACUGAGACGGAAAUUAGGGUCAGCAAGGCUCUCGAAUCGGUAGCUAUACGCAGGAAUACCAUCAUUACUAGUGUGGCUCAAGCGUACGUCAUGCAUAAAGCGCCGUACGUCUUCCCGAUCAUCGGCACAAGGACCAAGGAGCAUCUAAAGGCCAACAUAGAAGCUCUCACAUUGAUUCUUGAUGACGAAGAUAUCAGGGAAAUCGAAAGCGCCGUUCCCUUCGAACUCGGUUUCCCCGGUUCGUUCUUGUAUGGUCCCCAGCUGCCCGAUCACCCGGGCAAGGUGUGGGUGUUGAACAUGGGAGGUACAACUGACUACGUCAACGAGCCGAAGCCCAUCACACCGAAGAAAGCCGGAGAGUAGAGUACUCGUGCGUUCUCGGAUGUUUGGAAGUGGCUCACCUACAGAUAUUAUUGAAUCGUGGCUGCUUGGCUCUUGAACUGAUAGGAACAUGUGGAGAAUUGUUGGGAUGUGUCCUCUUUUUAAAAGGCGAUGUUCCAUAUCGAAACUCAGCAUGGCUUUGGGCGAUGGGAUAUAGGGAUACGGAGAGUAUGUUUUCACUCUUCUCUGGAAGGAAUGGUAAGAUUUCAACUUACAGAGUAAGGAGAGGACGCGCUGUUAUGGAAUCCGAAUUUGGCUGAAGUCGCGUUCUAUUUUUGGUAGCUAGAACAUGACGAACAUAGAGGGACAACAACUAAAGGUUACAAUCAAAAACGAGGCUGACAACUGUACUGGUAUGUUUCUAAACUAAGAAUGGGAAAGGCUCUUCAAAAGGGCCGAGCCCUGGUACAGUACAUACACC